CGCUGCAGGUGCACGCUUCAUCGAACCGCCGGAAAAGCGCGUGAAAACUGUUUCCGUUCCGUGCGAUUCAUUCAUUACCACCGUCAGUGAUACGGAAGCGUUGCCACAGUGGAAACACCCGGGUGAAGGGUAGAAGGAAAAGUGAAAAAAAUGGCAUAUUCAAGGCCAUACGAUUCAGUGAUGUGGCCUAUGCUGCUCGGGGUAGUUCUCCUGACGACCCACUGUGCCGCCCAGUGGGGCGUGCCAAUGUUCGAGGCGGGAAAUAACGAGGACAUCUCGCUCGGGGCGUACCAGGAAAACAUAAAGCAGCUAGACGUGUGGAUGCUCGAGGAGAAGCAACCCGGGUACGUGCUGGUCUACAUCAAUUACCAGGGCACGGCAACGCCAACCAUCAGCUUGGCUCCGGCCAGCCUCGGCGCGACGCUGGAAAAGGACACUGAUCGCUGGCGCAUCACCAUCGGCCGCACGCAGGACUACGAGGUACCGGCGCAGCGGUACCAGCUGAUCCUGAUGUCGAUCGAAGACUCGCGGGACCCGUACACCAUCGCGGUGCACCUCGUGAACAUCCUCGACAACGAGCCGAUCAUGGCGAGCGUGAAUAACUGCGAGAUCGAGGAGCUGCGCUCGAGCUUCGUCUCGGACUGUCUGUUCAGCGUGUACCAUGCGGACGGGUUCGAGGAGAACGGCAUUCGCAACUCCAGCACGAACGAGCUGACGUUCGAGAUAGACGAUGCGAGCGGGGCCGGUGUCCACUUUCGCUUCGAUCCGUCCAACCAGACGCCAGCCGAAGCCGCCUACAACCGACUGUACAAUCUCCGGGUGCUGGAAGCGCUGAACUACGAGAUGAGGGCCCUGUUUAACUUUAUCACCACCGUGUACGAUCUGGACAAGACGCAUUCGUUCAAGAUGAACACCAUCGUGAAGGUGCGCAACGUUGAAAGCCGUCCGCCACGGUUCAUUCGGCCCUUUGCCACACAACGCAUUAUGGAGAAGGAAGACUUUAGUACCACGGUCACAGCCAUCGAUGGCGAUACGGAGCUGAACAAACCCAUCUGCUACGAGCUGAAGACGGCCAACUCGUCUCACCAAAAGUACUUUGAAAUUGGGGAAACGACCGGGGAGCUCGUCGUGCAUCCGAUCGACCGAGACACUGAAGAGAACGAGUUGUAUCCGUUCACGAUAACGGCGUACAAGUGCCACAAUAAUUCGUUCAGUACCACCAUCGACAGUGCAAUCAUUCUAGAGGACAAGAACGAUUGCUAUCCGGAGAUCGACGUGAAACCGAUCGAGCUGGAAUUCUGGGAGAACACCGUCAUGGAGCUGGCGUUCGAGCAGUUCGUCAUCGAGGAUCGCGAUCUUGGGGAGCACGCACGGUACGAGGUGGAACUCUGGGAAACGGUGGGGGAUGCGGACCAGGUCCUUACGGACUCGUUUACCAUCAUCCCGUCGAGUGGCUACCAGCGGGGAACGUUCACUAUCAACAUCCUCAAUCCGCUAAAGCUGGACUACGAAAUUCCGGUCCGACAAAGUUUCCUACUUCACGUCACCGCUCACGAACCAAUCGAGCCAACGCACGUUCGCACCCAGCCUAUUACUAUUAACCUGCGGAACUGGAACGAUGAGGUUCCAAAAUUCGACAAGGUUGAUUAUGAGACCAGCAUCCUCGAAACGAUAGGGGCAAACGAGCUGCUUACGAAGGUUACCGUAACCGAUCGUGACAUCGAUGAUGGAAUACUGUUGACGGUCCUGGGUCGCUUAUCAUCGAACCUGCAGGUGAUCGCGCUGGAUAAGGUAGUGGACGAAUCGGGUUUGCCGAGCUAUCCAUUCGAGAUUCGCACAAAAGUGGACAAUAUCUUCGACUAUGACAUUGCUGAGGAGGUGAUUGUGCAGCUGCAGGCCGUCGAUCAGCUACAGACGGAUAAGAACGAACCACUACAUCCGAUCUUUGCGCAGAUGAUCGUGAUGGUAAUCGACGUCAAUAACAAGCCCCCUCAAAUUACGCUGCCACGCGGCUCGUUGCAUAUAGCGGAGAACUCGGUGGCGGAUAGUGCGGUCCUCAUCGGAGAGACAGACGUGGCCGAAAUCAUCGGUACCGAUCCGGACACGGAAGCAGACCUGCAGUUUAUCAUCGUCUGGUCCAGCAGCUAUGGCACGAAGAGUGGCAUCCGUGCUGCACCGGAAACCUAUGAAAACUGUUUCUACAUUGGCGAAGAAAAGUUCGGUCGCCAGCGGACGAUCGGAACCAUACGAGUGAACCCGGAAUUUACCCGCCAAGUGGACCACGAGAUGUACGACACGCUGUUCUUAACGAUUCGGCUGGUCGAUCGGAAUCAAACGAUCAUGCCCAACGAUGCCGUGGCAGUGGUAGCAAUACAGAUCGACGAUGAAAACGACAAUGCACCAGUGUUCGACGAAGGUACGCUGACGGUGGUACGAUCGGUCAAGGAGCAGUCCGAGCAGGGUGUUAACAUCGGUAAUAUCAUAGCCUACGACAUCGACGGCCCGGGAAACAAUGAAAUCACGUACUCUAUGGUACCCAUGAAUCCCGCCCAUGAAGGCUGGAUGGAGAUCGACCAGACCGGCAUCAUCCGAGUGGCGGCCGAUAGGAAAAUUGACUGCGACACACCACCGACGGAUGUGGUGCUUCAGAAUAUAACUAUAGCCGACUGGAAGUGGAAUACCAGUCAUGUCUUCGAAAUCGUCCUGAUCGAUACGAACAACAAAGUACCGUACCACGAAUCCUUCCCGGACGACGGUCGGGUGUACAAGUUCGAGAAAAUAAAAUCCGCGACACCGAUUCUGCAGGUGGAGGGAAAAGACCAGGAUCGGGAUACACCGUACCACACCGUGUCGUACGAGAUUAACUACCGAAACUUCCCGCAGCUGCAGCGAUACUUCGAGGUGUCCGGCAGCACCGGGCUGGUUUCCGUAAAGGAAAACAACGAGCCCCUUGAUCGGGACGCCGGCUUGGAGAGCAUCAUGAUCAAUGUGGUAAUGGUGGACAAUGCGGGCGGGUAUGACGUUCAAAAUCGUAACGAAACGAACAUUUACCUUACCCUGCUGGAUAUCAACGACCACUACCCAGAGCUGCCCGCACUCACUGCUGAUGAAACUGAGAUUUCGGAGGACGCGAAGCAGGGCUUUGUCAUCAAGGCGGAUUUCGUUGCAGUCGACCUAGACGACAGACUUACUCCGAAUGCUAAAAUUAUCUACCGCAUUCAGCAGAUGCUUCCUGAGCAAGAGGUGUCGUUAUUUGACCUGGAAAAUACCAACGAAUACAAUGCUACACUAAGAGUAGGCGUAGACUUAAAAGGUUUCUAUGGCACUAGAACACUAACAAUCGAGGCAUGCGAUCGUGGCAGUGAGUACAAGCCAGUCUUAGAACUUCCUGAACCACCCGUAAACAACUGUAGAACGCGGGAUUACGAAUUGCGCGUCAAUCCGUAUAACUACAACACUCCCGCUAUUAGCUAUCCUACCCGAAAUACCCAAUUGCGAUUGAAGUACGAAUCACUAUACAACGGACGUCCACUGAACGACACGAAUGGCUCAACGAUCCAGAACUUCAUCGCCAUCGAUGACGAUGGGGGGAUUUUCGGCGAUGUCACCUUUUCGCUUAGAAGCACCAACGAUGAUGAAAAAGACCACGAAGUGUUCCGGGUGGAUAAAGUUGAUCAGAAAACGGGACAGCUGGUCCUGGAGAAUGCGCUUGCCGUGAUGCCGUAUCCCAAAAACUACAGCGUCACGGUUAUCGCUAGGGACGGUGGCGAAAAACAGUCGGAGGUACCCAUUUACAUCGUGUUCGUCGACAUGUCCGGUGAACCGGCCUUCCAGGAACCGACAUUCAAUACCGAUUUUACAGAGAAUGAAGAAGGCCGAGAUGAGCGUCGUCAGCUACCGUUAGCCGUCGAUCCGAAGAACGUCGGUCUACCUGAGGGUGCUCAAACAAAUGUAUUCUACUUCAUCGAUAGAACGUAUGGCAACGCCAGUCACCUAUUUGCCCUUGACCCCGUCAAUAACGUGCUGCGGUUGGCGGUCCUACUGGACCGAGAGGAAAUUCCGUCCCACGAGCUGCGCAUCGUGGCGACAAACAACGAGAACGGUCCGCCGGCCACCAUCGUCGAUUCGUCUACGGCUCUGCUGAUCGUGCGCAUUAAGGUGAACGACGUCAACGACAACCCGCCGGUGUUCCAGCAGCGGUUCUACGCGGCCGGUAUCACUACGAACGACCGCGUGCAGAAGCCACUGUUCCGGGUGUAUGCCGAGGAUCCGGACGAGGAUGAGGUGAUCCGGUACGAGGUGGUACCAGAGUCGAUAGAAGCGGUCGGCGAGAACCUGAUCGUUGGAGAUCUACCCUUCCGACUGGAUCCGGACAGCGGUGAACUGACACUGACGAUUAAGGUGCAACCGAACCAGAAGGGCUACUACCAGUUCACCUUGAUCGCAUUCGAUCGGGACGACACGCACAACGAUACGGUUCCGGCCAAGGUCUACAUCGUGUCCGAGUCGAACCGGGUGACUUUCGUGUUUUUAAACAGUGUCGAAGAGAUUGACAAACCGGCCGUACGGGACUUUUUGGCCAAGCAGUUAUCCGCGUCGUACGACAUGGAGUGCAACAUUGACGAUAUCGACCAGAGCUUGGAGGGACGACAGACCGGUUCUAGCACCGCACUGACCGACGUGCGAACCCACUUCAUCCUAGACAACCAGGCAGUGGAAGCGACGGUGGUCCAACAGCGCUCUUCCAACCGCACCUUCGUGACCGAGCUGAAGGCUUCACUGCGCUCUAGCGACCUUUACCUACAAGACGUACCUCCGACACCUGAGGACAUUACCGAAGCUGAUGACACGCUGCAAACCAUCCUGAUCGUGGUUGCGGCUGCUCUGGCCCUGCUGUGCGUCAUUCUGUUCGGCGCGUUCUUCGUCAAGAUCCGCAGCCUUAACCGGCAGCUGAAGGCGCUGUCGGCGACAGACUUUGGUUCCAUCGCAUCCGAUCUGAACGGUAAACCCACGCGCAAUGUACCCACCACCAACAUCUUCUCGAUCGAGGGCUCCAACCCGGUGCUGAACGAUAAUGAGUUCGCCCGGAUGGGUGGCGGUGGUGUGUACGACGACGACCUAAGCCUCCAAUCGGACGUUUCGGACUUCCGGGACAUGGAUAAGGACCUGUUUGCGACAACGAAGAAGGAAAGUGUCAAUCCUGCCUUCAUGGAACACAUUCGCCAGCGCUCGCUAAAUCCGCUGGCCAACGGGAAGGUCGAUGAUGACCACAAAAAGGUGGAUGAAACCGAGGACGAAUUGUCACACCGGUUCUAA